AUGGGCGCGUGGAAUUUCUUCCGCCUGGCGGGCGACUUCUGCCAUCUGGCCUCCAAGAUCAUUCUCUUGCUCUCCAUACAUCGCAACCGAAGUGCAGAAGGCGUCUCCUUCAUCACGCAGGUCCUCUACUGCGUCGUCUUCCUGGCGCGCUACACGGACUUGUUCGGCGCGGCCCAGUACCUGUACAACCGCAUCUUUAAGAUCUUCUACAUCCUCUCGUCCUUUUACAUCAUCGCGGCCAUGCAGUGGAUGUUCCCGCGGACGAGGGAGCGGGAGCUGGCAUGGAAGCUGGGCGCGGCGUGCUUCUUCGGCUCGCUGCUCCUGUCGCCCUUCACCAUGCUGAUCUUCCAGAACAAGGGCGAGUGGAGCUUCUUCUGGUGGCUCUGGAACCUCUCCUACAUCCUCGAGUCCGUCUGCGUCCUCCCGCAGCUCCUCCUUCUCCGCCAGACCACCGUCCCGACCGUCAUCGACAGCUACUAUCUCCUCGCCCUGGGCCUGUACCGCGCCUUCUACAUCCUCAACUGGUUCAUCCGCGAGCUGGACAUGAGCGACUCAGACCCGAAGCCCGUCAAGGUCAUCUUCGGUCUCCUCCAGACCGCCCUCUACGUCGACUUCGCCUGGGUCUACUAUACGCGCCAGCGCGUCAAGCUCCGCUCCGGCGGUGUCGUCGACGCAGACGACAUGCGCAAGAGCUGGCUGCUGCGCCGCAUCUUCGGCAACCACGUCGAUCGCGACGCCGCGGGCGGCCGGGCCGAGGAUGAUGAGGAGGGUGGUCCUGCGCUGGGCGGUGGUGGCCGUGGCGGGCGGAAUGGCAACGCCGGCCGCGGCGCGUGGGGCAAGAGGGGAAUCUCGGUCAGCGCGGACGACGGCGUGCUGGGCGGCGAGGGCAGGCCGUUCAUGGAAGAUGACGAGGACGAGGAAGAGCACGGUAUUACAGAUGUCGACGCGCCAGACGCCAAGAUGCGGGAUCCCGACGAACUGGCCAUGGCGCUAGAUGAUGACGAGGACGAGACGGGCGGAAGCUCGAGCAGCGCUGCUGCUGUGCCGAGUGGCGUCAAGGGCGGUGAUGAGUGGAGGGAUUAA